GUAAAAAUCAGAGAAAUGUACAUCUAAGGAAGCUACCGUAUUUGGAUAUUAAAAUGCACAAGUCAUAAAUUACUCAUGAUGAUACCAUGGGAAUGGGCUACCUGCAUGCUCUAAGUUAUGGUUGCAUUUAGUACGUGUUGCGUUGAGGAGUACAGUACAGUUGCUGUCAUUUGAGCAUAAUUUUGUACAGCCUGGGGAAAAUGCCACUGUGCUUAACAACAAAAGGCCGACAGAUAGAGGAAGUGAAGUUGAAAGCUGUGAAGCAAACAGGAAAUGUUUAAAGAUUGAUGAGAAUGGAGAGAAGCAGCAGACAGGGUUCUCUCCUCCUGUGGGCUACAAUGGCUGCUUUGCUCUCUCACAAUUUGGUCCUCAUUCCUGCCAUUUCCGCCGCUUCUCUCAAUGACCAAAAGAACUAUUAUUCUCCUCCUGAUCCCAAUAUUGGAACUCCUUCCACUCCCUCAGGUUCUCAUGGUUCCGGCGGUCACCAUGGAGGAUCAUCUUCUCACCACCACGGAGGAUCGUCCUCUCACCACGGAGGUGGUGGUAGCUAUGGAGGCGGUAGUCCACCCUCAAACUGCGGCAGCCCGCCGCAUCAUGGUGGAGGUCAUCACGGCGGCGGCGGCGGUUACUAUAGCCCUCCGACCACACCUUCCACCCCAACCUACACUCCAACUCCAACUACUCCGACCAUACCCGACAUCCCAACCCCCACCACCCCCGAUACCCCAACCCCCAUUGUUGACUCCCCACCGACUCCAAUCGUCCCAUCUCCCCCAUUUGGCUUAGAACCAAGCACACCCCCCUUCGGAUUCGACCCAAACUCACCACCUUUCACCUGCGAUUACUGGAAGAGCCACCCUGGAUUGAUAUGGGGGUUGGUGGGUUUCUGGGGAACUGUGGGCGGUGUAUUUGGGGUGGCCAGCGUUCCUGCUGGGGGGUUUGGAACCAACCUCAAUUUGUUGCAAGCACUUUCCAACACCAGAAACGAUGGCUUUGGGGAGCUUUACAGGGAAGGCACUGCUUCUUUGCUCAACUCCAUGCUUAGCACCAACAGGUUUCCUUACACCACCCAACACGUCAGGGACAGCUUUGGCGCAGCUCUCAGUUCAAACACCGCCGCCGCAGCUCAGGCCAGGCUGUUCAAGUUGGCCAAUGAGGGUCGCCUCAAGCCUAGAUCACUCUGAUCCGGCCUAUUAUUAUUAUUAAUAUAAGAGUCUUGUAAUUUAAUUUUCAUCACUGUAUGUCAGUUUCUUCAUUGCAUUGUAUUGUUUCAGCCUAGCUAGCUUCAUUUCAUCAUCGAAUUUCCUUUAUUAUUUUGAAUAUGUAUGCAAUAUGAGAUAGAUCAGAUGGAGUGAGUCAUCAUGUCUAUCAAUUUCCAUUUAAUUAAUUAAUGCAUGCAUGUAUCUUACACAUUUAUAUAAGUAGUCAACACUACCUA